GCAAUGGUGCUGAGUCUACGCCUGUGAGAGCCGCCCCGCCCACGCCCACACCCGGACGCAGGGAGCAGUGAUGGCUGGUGGGUAGAAGCCUCCCACCCAUCCACCCUUAUCUCGGCCCCUUCACCCUUCACACCCUAAGCCCUUACCACUCCCUCCUCCCCACCCUCGUCACCCCACAGCCCGUCUGACUCAUCUCCGGCACACCUCCACCACCACCACCACCACCUCCGCCCCUCCAUCUUCACCCUCCUCCUCAGCUCCCCCAACACCUCGCCGCCACCACCACCGCCAGCGCCGCCGUCAUGGCCUCCGGCAGAACUCCUGGCAUGGAGCAGGGCGACGCCUACCACCGCUCAGGUCUCUACAGCCACCACCACCACCACCACCACCUUCCCCAACACCAUCACCACCACCUCCACCACCAGCACCUGGAGUUGGCGCCGAGACUUAGCACCAACAGCACCACCUCCUCCUCCUCCACCACCACCACCAGCGUGCCCUCAGGCCCCCGCACAGCACGUAACAACAGCUCGUGCAGCACCACUAGUAACAGCGGGUGUGGCGGGGGAGGCGGGGGUGGCAUCGGUGGCUGUGGCAGGGCGAGACACAGCAGCAGUAACAGUCUACGCGGCGGGUCCAGCAUCACGCGGAACAACAGCACCGCCAGUAACAGCAGCAGCACCCACAGCCUGUCCGGGAUUGUCGGGAUUGGAGAGACGGAGGCCCUAGCGGAAGCCCUUGCGGAAGAGGAGCCUUUGGAAAGCGAGCACUCCCUUAUGGAAGCCUCCACCGCCACCACCUCCACUGUCGACUCCACGGCGGAGUUAGUUAACAGUUCCCACGCCAUGACCCUCAGCACGGCAUCCACCACCACCACCGCCACCACCACCACGGCUCUCCACGCACCCCCCGCCCUCACCAGCCCCACUUCGCCCUCCUCUCCGUCCACCGGCGCCCCGCAGGUGGACUCCAACGACUGCGGCCUCUUCUCCUUCAGGCCAGGCUUCCUGCAGAGACUAGCGAACAUCAAGAUCUUUGUGUUCCUGUUGUCUGUGCUAGUGACGGUGCAGCAGGCACUUGCCUCGGGGUAUCUUAACUCUGUAAUCACCACCAUUGAGAAGCGCUAUGAGAUACCCUCCUCCCUUACUGGUGUCAUCUCCUCCAUGUAUGAGAUUGGUAAUGUCAUCACUGUGAUCUUUGUCUCCUACCUGGGAUCCAAGAGGCGGAUACCUGUGUGGAUAGGAGUAGGGUGCUGUGUGAUGGGCAUUGGCUCCAUGAUGUUUGUGAUGCCUCAGCUUAUCUCUGAUCGCUGGUCCAUUGAACUGGAGACCAUCAACAACACUGACUCCAGCACCAACAUUUGCCGCAAUGCUCGGGUGCGUGACGACACCUCAGAGCGGCUCACUGAGUAUGGCUUUGGAACUCUGCCUGACCUCUCAAAGGGUGUUCCACUUGGGUCACACAACAGUAUCCAGUACGGAAAGCCAGACAACUGCAUCAAGGGCUCUCGCAGCAAUGUGAUGCCAGUAAUGUUCUUCAUGGUGGCUCAGCUGCUGCUUGGUGCUGGUGGUUCCCCACUUUUCACCCUAGGCACCACCUACAUUGAUGACCAUGUGAAGAGAGAGAGCUCCUCCAUGUACAUAGGUAUUAUUUACACCAUGGUUGCCUUUGGACCUGUGCUGGGCUUCCUGUUGGGAGCAUACCUCAUCUCAUACUAUGUGGAUGCCCUUUUUGUGGACACAUCAAUAAUGCAAGCAGAUCACAAACACCCACGCUGGAUUGGGAUGUGGUGGGGUGGCUUCCUCCUGUGUGGACUCCUGCUUAUCUUCAUAUCCAUACCAUUCUUCAUGUUUCCAAAGACUCUAAAGAAAAGGAGAAGAUUGAGGAUAGAAGAAAAAACCAAGGAGUUCCACAAGGGACACCGCCGCACCAAGUCCCAGACCUCCACGUGCUCCCGCCACUCCACUCUUUCCACAAAGCGGGUCUAUGGCAAAGAUGUGCGAGACAUUCCUCUAUCAAUGCUGAAGCUGUUGGUGAAUCCCAUUUAUGUCAUGACCUGUCUGGGGGCCUGCAUGGAGCUCAUGAUUGUCUCUGGCUUCAUUGUGUUCCUGCCCAAGUAUCUCGAGACUCAGUUCUUCCUCUCCAACGUCCAGGCGUCCAUCUUCACCGGUGGCAUAGCCAUUCCUGGUGCUUGCAUUGGUAUCUUCCUUGGGGGCUACCUGCUGAAGCGCUUCAGCUUGCGUCCCAAGGGUGCCAUACAGAUGGUGAUGGUCUUCAACCUUAUUGGGCUCAGCUUUUAUGGCCUCCUCUUUGUGCUGGGUUGUGACAAUGUGAAGAUGGCUGGCACCACUUCACCAUACUUCAACACGUCAAUGGCCCACUCAAUGUCCAACGGUGCUGGUCGGCUGGAUGGCGGUGGCUCCUUCCAGGUGAACCUAACAGCUUGGUGCAACACUGGCUGCUCCUGCUCCUCAUCUCUGGUAGAGCCUGUCUGUGGCAACAAUGGACUCACCUAUUUCUCCCCAUGCCACGCUGGGUGCUCCUCAUACUCUCCAAAGUCAAAAUUCUCAAACUGUACCUGCAUACUUGGAGAAGGAAAUCAGUCUUCCCCAUUCCCGUCAACCUCAUCUUCCUCGAUUACUGCGAGUGGAUUCUCUGAAGUGACAGUUGUUCCUGUAGCUACAGCUGGGCCGUGUUACAUCCCCUGUAACACCAUCAUGCCCUUCAUGAUCCUCCUGUUCUUCAUGUGCACAGUGGUUGCCAUCAGCCAGAUGCCACUCCUCAUGAUUGUGUUAAGAUCUGUGGAUGAAGAAGAGAGGUCAUUUGCUCUUGGAGUACAGUUUGUCAUCUUCAGACUGAUUGCCUACAUCCCAGCACCCAUUAUGUUUGGCUCUGUGAUUGACUCUACUUGUCUCCUGUGGAAGAGUUCUUGUGGAGAAAAAGGAGGGAGGUGCCUCAUAUAUGACAUUGAGGCAUUUAGAUUUAGAUAUGUGGGAAUCUGUACUGCCAUCAAGAUUAUCUCUGCUGCCAUAUUUGUGUUUGACUGGCUCCUGAUCCGCUGGAAGUACAAGCUAGACAUGGAGGGAACCAUGACUGUGGGUGACAUAGUGAACUCCCUCAUGUCGGUGGACAAGGAUGAGGAUGAACCGCUGGAUGACCUGGAGGAGAGCGUGUGGCUGCCGAGCCUUCAGGGGACCCAACAAGCUCCCUCGGGUGCCACCUCUCAGUCUACCUCAGCUCCCACCACUGCCUCCACCACUGCUGCUGCUGCCCGCCCACCAUCACUACCACCACCGUCGUAACGGUUCCCUCAUCAGCCGGCCACAGAUGCCCACCCAUAGCUCAGGCCACAAGAGAUCUCAGUCAGGGUCAUACAUCCCCUCACGACCAUGGGCAGGUCUCUACCAACACCGAAGGUCCCACUCCAGCUCAGGAUACCAGCACAUCCCAGCACCGCCCGGCCCAGCACCCCCAAGGCAAUCCUCACCACCCAGCCAGGCCCACCAGCGCCGGGCUAGCUCAGGUCAGCAGGUCACCUUCCGAGGACUGGCUGAAGACCCCAGUGACCUGACAGGAGUGAGAGUUGUGGUCCAGGGCAAUGUGGGUCUUGCUGAUGAAGAGGAUAUGGCCAUCAAAGUUUAAAAAGAAUAUAUAUUAGAUUCUCUAUUUACACUUGUAUUUAAUUGUAUGUUGUUUUGAAUUCAUGUUUGAGAAGAAUUAUUUUAUUCUGCUGAACUUAUUUUGUAUACUUAUGUAUAUAUUGCCUACACUGGUUAACAGACUUAGCGUAUUUAUUGAUAUGGUAAGCACUUGAAGCAGACUUUUUCUCAUGUUACUUGUUACUCCAAACUUUCAUGAGCUCCAUUUAACUGAUGUGGAGACCAUAGCCUAGAUCCAUAUCUUUAGCUCUUUAAUGCUUCCAUGCCUAGUGGGGAUUUUCCCAGGGUUAUGUUUUCCUGAUCUCAGCCUUGUGAGCUUAUUCCCCUCUUGAAGAUCACAACAACAGAAGACCUCGGGUAAGCACUAGUUUAUUACUGGCUUACUGUUCAUGUGCAUAGUACUUCACUUAUGCAGACUUCGAUUAACUGUUGUUUGCUUCCUUUAUUAAACAUAUAUUUGCCAAUAUUUGAGAUACAAUGUAACAUGAAAGGACAAUAAUUGUAUGUAAUUACAGUAUAGGAGUUGUAUGUAAAUCUAAACUAUGUAAUUGUAUGAUGAAUGGCUGAUGCUGUGAGAAUAUUAGAAGAGACUAAUAAACAAGCUAUUCUUGUUUUCAGCUUUUGUUUGAAAGUGUACAUAAGUACACCAGGUUGUUUAUUGUACAUAAACACUUAGAUUAUAGAUGUAUUGUGACAACUAAGUGCCUAAAGUAGCAUGCCACUGGUACCAGCUAUGCUGAAUCAUUCUUGUGCUCAACUAAGCUUUAGUCAAAGUGAAUGUUUGGGUACUUACGGCAGGCAGAAACUGCACAAGCAGGAAUAUACACAUAUUUUUAUUGCAUUUAUCAUUGUAAUUAUUAUAAUUUAGUAUUUGAAGCAUCAGCAAUACAGCAUUUUUUUGCCAAGAGCCUGAUAAAAUUCAAUUAAAUAAGCAUACAUUUUCAUGUGAAUAUAAAAUUGUGUAUGAUGUUGAUAUUUAUUGAUGUUAUUUUACCCAACAAGAGGGAUGAUCAAAUAGAAGUCUGGUUUAGGAAAAAUUUAUGGCUUUGAAAGUAAUAAUGGAGGCCCAACACCAGCUUGAGUGUGAGUUACAAGUAGAAGUAAAUAGGGAGAAACACUAGCCAUUUUCUGUUUGGCCAUUUAUGUACUUACUAUGACUGAAAUAUCUAAUGUGAAAAAAAAAAGGAUCAGAUUCAUAUCACAUCUGUAUUUAAGAAUAUACCUAAUGAGGAUAAGCUGCCAGAGCUUGAGAAUAUCAUAUCACCUAUCAUAUCAUGUUGUAUAUGGUGAAAAAAAUUAAUCCCUUAUUCCAUUUCUCUAUGAUUACACACUUACAUGGAGGUGAUAGAGGCAACUAAAGGAAAACUGGGUGAACAAAUACAGAGAAAAGGCAGGACCAGAUGAGUAUAGACUGGACUCUGUACACUGCAACCAGAUAAACACACACACACACACACACAAUAUUAAGUCAGGUAACUCAAGUCAUUAAUGAAUAUUUCUAGGUAUUCAAAUUAACUAAAAAAUUUUAUGACAAAUAUUUGAUAACAAAAAAGCUGUGUUGUGAUUGCUACAUGAGAUGAGAAAGAAAUGUAAUUGAGGUGAAAGCAGUGGCAAGCCCUUGAUGCAUGCAGUUCAGUGUUAUUUGAGCACUCCUGUAAACUAAGAUUAGUAGAAUUGUGUUAAUUUGAUGUGAUGGAAUUGGAAAACUUGCUACAUAUGGUAUUUUAUUGAUCUUAGUUUACAAGAUCACAUAGAGUGCAAUGACAGCAUACGUUAAGAGCUCUUUGUGUCUGGAAGAUUACAAAAGAAGCAUGGAAGCCUGAGGUGUAGAAUUUUGUGUCUGGAUAUGUAUUGUAUCAAAGCUGAAAGUGUUUUGAUUGGAGGGAGAGGGAAAUGAUAUAGGUAACAUGUAAAUGAUUGCUUUUGGUUCAACACUUGUGACAUAACAUUUACUUAUUUAUUAAUGUGGAUGUCAUAUUACAUAAUAGGUAAGACUACAAACAUUCAAAUUAUUUUUGUAGAAUGGAUGUAAUUACAAUUUGACAAAAAUUAUGGAACAUACUUUUUGUCAUAACUAAGCAAUAAGGUUUGAAGAAAUAUAUGAUAAGAUGACAAACAAAAGAUUAUAUUAAAGUAUUAAGCUUACUGUGUAAUCAUAUUCUGUGGACUGAGAAGAAAGACAUGAUUUCAUGAUGCUUUCAUCAAAAUGUUUAUUUUCAUGUAUGCAAAAUGAUACUGUUAAGAGUACCAAGAUCAGGCACGACUACAGUGAAGCAGCCUCACAAAGCAUUUUGUAUUAGGUGUAGGGGGAUCAUUUACUGUAUGUAAUGCUGCUCAGAUGACUAAUUCUGACAAGAUUUAAAGCUCCCUGUAUCAAAUAUAGCUUUGAACUCUGAUGCUAUGAAUGUGCAAGCUGUAAUCUUAUAAAUAUUAAGAAGAAAAGUCAGUUUAUUGACUUGGAGCUUAAGAAUAUUUAUUUAUUCUGCCACACACUUUGCUUUUGAAGGCUUGUGUUUCUGUGCUUUAAUCUAGAGUUUCUUGCAGUAUUUAUGAUGCACAAAGCCUCACAAAAAAAAGCUUCUUUCUUGCUACCACUGUGUGCAGGUAUAGGUAACAGUAAUCAAGCCAUGGCAUUAUCACAUUAUUUUCUAUGUAUGUACUUGAUAAUGAAGUGAAAUUCACAAUGUUAUGUAUUGCUAUGUACUUUUUUUUUUUUUAGAUAUUUUUUUCAUGUGUGUAUCCCAUAUAUUUCAUAUACUGACUUUCUCUCCCAUCUUGGAUACAAUUUGUGGCUGAAUGCUUCUUUGUGAAGAUGGAUUUAUAAUCAUCAAAUAUAUGUAUGGAUAUCCUUUAUAUGUAUUGCAGUCAGGUGUCAGUAUCCUAGAGGGUAAACUCCAAAAAUACAUAAAAUCAGGAAAUGUUACCCUCCUCAAGAAGUACCAUGUAUUUUGAAGUAUCCCACUGUAACAGUGUAGCUGGACCCUUUAGCCCAUUGAGCAGUGGACAAUGUGCGAGUGAGGCAGCAGCUGUAGGCUGAGAAGCUCCUCUCACAGACCUAGUUUUUUAGAUCUUUAGCAUCUUAAACAUCCAAAGGAGAAUACUAUUUAAUUUCAUGAAUAUCUGAUUUGCUUACUUCAGAGAUCAGAAAUAAAAUAUAGUACAUAUAUAGUAAAAAUUGGUAGGAAAACAAAUUUAAGCAUAAUAGUUUUAAUUACUGUAAAGCAGAGGAGAAAAUUGUAGAUUCUCAGUCAUGAAUUACAAUUAUGUGCAAUACUUUAGAGUAGAGGAGUUAAAAGGUGACCUGUGCAACCCUCACCCUGGGCUGGUGUGGAGUCUGAGGAGUCGUGUAAGGAUGGUGAGGUGGGAGGCUGGCCAGUGCCACAGCUUGGACCUACUGUAUAUUUUUGAACAAAUAAAGCAAGAGAAAUGUUUAUGCUGUGGGAUGAAGCAAGUUAGGUUUUAUUUUGUCAUUAUACAUAUAUAUGCAUAUACCAUAUAUAUUUCUGCUUAUAAGAUAAGCACAAAAUAGUGAUUUAGACCAUUCUUCAAAUUCUUAUUGUCUUUCUUAUUAUAAAAGGUAUUAGUAUUGAUUUUGUUUUUGUUUUUUUUGUGCAAGGUCUUUACAGAUGUUAUAAUAUACAUGUGUUUUCUUCUGUGACCAUUACUUUCUGUUAUUUGUAUGUGUAUGAUAGCAUAUAGUUUCAACAUCAAUUCCUUGGCAUGGAACUCCUUUAAAAACAAUAGUGCAACUUAUGAAAAUAUUUUUGUUAUAUUGGGCAAGCCAAUUAUGGCAUAUACAUUAUGACAUUAUUUGUUUAGAACCAUAAACAGUGUCAUUACCAUAGAAUCUCAUGCCAGGCAGUAUGGUGGCAAUGGUUGGGGAUGCCUUGCCAGAGUGGCCAGAGCAUCAUAAGAUCACCUCUGGGAAAUAACAUUGGUACAUGCCAGUUAGAAGAAAUAUCCAAUUGGUUGCUAUCAGUCAGGUGCUGUGUUUGGUGGAAUCAGUCUCUCUCUCUCUCUCUCUCUCUCUCUC